CCCAUGUCCGCCCCUUCUACCCCGGAUCGUCCUGCCGCAGGAGCCAGUGUUGAGUGUUAGUUCGGAAAGUGAGCCAUGGAGGACGGUGAAAAAGAAUGAUGAGCGAGCAGCGGAAGCGGGAUCGGCAGGCAGAUCACUACCAUCUUACAGUUGCUGAGACUCAAGCUCUGGAGAACUCUGACAGUGACAUUGGUAUGUGUGGGUGGUUGCUGGUGCUGUUCUCCAUCCUGCUGACCCUCCUCACCCUGCCCAUUUCCAUAUGGAUGUGCAUCAAGAUAGUGAAGGAGUACGAGCGGGCUAUAAUCUUUCGUCUGGGCCGUAUUUUGCGAGGAGGAGCCAAAGGACCAGGUCUUUUCUUUAUACUGCCCUGCACUGACAGCUUCAUUAAUGUGGACAUGCGCACCAUCACCUUCGACAUCCCGCCCCAGGAGGUCCUGACGAAAGACUCUGUGACAGUAAGCGUGGAUGGUGUGGUGUAUUAUCGGGUGCAGAACGCCACCCUGGCUGUUGCCAACAUCACCAAUGCUGAUGCUGCCACCCGCCUGCUGGCUCAGACCACCCUGAGGAAUGUGCUGGGCACAAAAAACCUGGCUGAGAUCCUGUCUGACCGCGAGGAGAUCGCCCAUAGCAUGCAGAGCACUUUGGACGACGCGACUGAUGACUGGGGCAUUAAGGUGGAGCGGGUGGAAAUUAAAGAUGUUAAACUGCCAAUGCAGCUCCAGAGAGCCAUGGCUGCUGAAGCCGAGGCAGCCAGAGAGGCCAGAGCUAAGGUGAUUGCUGCUGAGGGUGAGAUGAAUGCAUCUCGUGCGCUGAAGGAAGCCUCUCUGGUGAUAGCCGAGUCUCCGUCUGCUCUGCAGCUGCGCUAUCUGCAGACCCUCAACACCAUCGCCGCUGAGAAGAACUCCACCAUCAUCUUCCCCCUGCCUAUCGACAUGAUGCAGAGCUUCCUCAAACGCUGAGCUCCCAUUUUACACACACAAACAUAAUAACACACAGUAAUAUAAGAAUGUGCAUGGACACCCAGAGGACUUAAGUCCGCUCUUAUGCAACACAUGCAGAUGCAUUUACUGUGCUCCUAAAAUAUCUGACAUGCAUUCAUACACAAACACACACACACAAUCAUACUCUGGCUGUAGUGCAGUGGUCUUUAAUGGAAAUCCUAUUAAUCUGCUUCACAGUUAGCAACAGUGGUCGUCAGCUCUCCUCCUGAAGAUCUUUCCUGAUGAGAAGUAGACACCAACCCCUGUCCUGGAGAUCAACCUUUCUGUGUAGUGGUGCUCCAACCACAAUCGGCUAAACCUGCUCCAAAAAUUAACUUCUUCCGAAGUCCCUGAUUGGCUGGAUCUGGUGCAUUGGUGUCAGGGAAAAGAGGGGCAGCAUGUUAGAUACAGCAGCAUGGAACUAAACUCUGCAGGAAAGUAGAUCUCCAAGAGGGAGGUUGGUGAUCACUGAUGAGUUUAGUUCCACCCUGUAUCUAACAUGGCCCCCGCACCCACAUAUGAUCCACCCAGUCAGGGACUUCUGAAGACGUUAAUUAGCUGGAGCAGAGGUGGCAGAUGGCGAUUAGAGCUAGACUCCACAGGAAAAUAUGGGUUGCAGGACCAGGGGUGCUGACCACUGCCAUAGAAGAACCACUUCUUCUUUUAAAGGAUGGUUCUUUAGAGAAGCUAUAGGCUGGUGUAGAACCUUUGCAUUAUGUGAAGGUCCUUUAAAUCUUUGAAAGGUUCUUCACACACACAAAUCUCCUUUUCAAGCAAACAUAAAGUGGUUCUUCUUGGUCGUUGCUCAAAGAACUGGCGUUUUUAUUAAGAAGUGUUUUUGGUUCCCUGUAGAUGAUUUCAGUGGCUAAAUGAAAUGUGUAAUUGUAAAUAACCUUUUUAAACUUCCUCUAAUAAUGUAAUGGUUCUAUAACAAGCAAUUUUUUCCCUAGAACUACAUAUUCAGGCCACAAACCCUUCAGGAGUGUAUAGGGCAGUGCCAUUUGCUGCUGAGAUUUAGGAUUAUUAGGAUUUCUGAACUGGUGAUGUGAAAGAGCUCCUGAUGACCUUUUGGGUUUUCGCGUGUGUUUAUUCCUCUUGCGUGUAUAUGUGCUUGUUGUGCGUGUAUGCCCCCUUGUGCUUUUGUCAGUGAGAUACGAACAACAUAAAAUGGAAACUGAAUAGCCGUGUAAUCUUGUUUUUCCAGGAAUGGUCUAGCGUUGCAUCACCACUGACAAUGUAUCUGCGUGCCUAUUGUUCUCUCUGAAAGAGCUCUUCUAUUGACCAUAUCUGUCCUUACAAAGCCUUAAGCCAUAAUCAGUCUACACACCGUAAAAUGCAAGUUUUGCUCUUUUGCUUAUUCAGGCUUUUUUUAGAUUUCUUAAUCUAUUAUUAAUAUGAAUUUAAUCAUAUAAUUUAUUAAGCCAUAUGUUUUUAUCUGAACUUUUUAAAAAUUGUUUGUUACAUUUGUAGUUAUAAACAUUAUCCAUGUUUAGGUUAAACAGUUAUUAAGCAGUAAAUGCAGUAUUACAAAGAGAACGGAAGGCUGUUACUGCAGAGUUUUUAUUUUAUUUUAGUUUCUAUGCUGCUUUCAGUGGUUGAUGAUGUUUUCUUAGAUUCAGUUCAUAGAUCACCAAAGAUAUGCAUCACUUAUCAGAGUGUACGUUUAGAAUUAAUGCUAGUGAGGGAGGAAGGAAUAGCCACAUCGUAUGCAUGUUUUGUGCAUUUGUGUAUUCCAGCGAUUUGUCUUUUAAUCAGUCAGUAAUGCCAUAAUCAUUUCACACUGCCAUCUAACUACUAUAAAAUAACUGAAACUACCCUAAAUUUUUUUUUUUUGUCCUUGCAAAUGCAGACUUUACCUUCAGUCGUUAUAGAAGGAAACUCUAGCAGGCCACAUCUGUAUCUGUGUAUGAAUAUGUUGAAUUGUUGAUUUUAUAUAUAUAUAUAUAUAUAUAUAUAAAGUUUGGGACUGCUUGCCAUAUUAAGAACUUUUGUUAUUUUAUGUGCAAUAACAAAAUUUGUGAAUAAAUAUUUACUAACUAUUCGCCAAAUAAUAUUUUUAGAGUUUUAUUCAUUAUUUUAGGAAUUCUCUAAAGAGAAAAGUUCUUAAAUAAUAAGGUAUACUAACCUAUUUACAUGUCAAAUUAGAUAAAUUCUUGAUAUUAAUUUUAUUAUAACUUCAUUCUUGAUGUUAUACUGCUUUCUCAGUCAUUUUAGAAUCUUUUUCGACUCCAUUCAUCACUCUGCAUGCAUAAAAUUCCUUAAUUCUUUAUGUCCUGCUAAUUAUUUGAAAGCUAUGAAGUUGUGCAUACACACCUAUUUGCCACCAAAUUUGAUUUCUAUUAUUGAAAAUGAUUCCAGACCUUUGAAUGGCAGUGUAUGUGUGAAGGUAGCAAGCAGGGUAGAGAAGAUUCAGGCUUGGUCUUUCUUUUCAAACUUCAGGUAUUACAUAACUUUCUUCAUAUUCCUGUAUUUGUAUUCACACCAGAUUGGAAUAUUGUCUGAAUGUUUUACUGAUGUUUUUUAUUUCUCUCAUGCUAAUGAAAAGUGUAUUUUCAUCUGUCUGUAAUCCUGAAAAUGUAAAUACAUCUAAAUUGUUUACCUG